UUGAGCCCAUGCAUCAAAGUAAACAAAGACCAAGAAGCCAACCGUAAAAGCUAUUACUAUAAAAGCUAUUGGUAUAUAACUGUUUCAAUAGUGCCAACAUUUUAGCAUGAGAAAGUAUUCACAGUCUACACAGCUGGUGGCUAUUGGCAGUGUACUGUUCACUGUACUCUGGACUUUGUUUCUGGUGCAGAAGUUGUAUAGCGACAACACGGCGUUGCCUGCGCCUAUAUCUGCAAAUCCAGUUACAGAGAAGGAAAAUCUGCCAAACUGUAUGCAACUGAGGGAGGAAAAUCCCUACCCGACUAGUGGAGAACCUCUCAGUGGAAAGAAUUUUUGUGAAGCAUUCACAGGAACAAACCGUACAGACUGUGUUUAUCUUCAUCCAGAGAUAUUUCACUAUGUCCUAUUUACAAACAAUCCGAAAGACAGCAUAUUGGGUUUUCGAGAGUUUUUGUCAAUAUAUUCAGUGGAUAAGUUUUAUAAGCCAGAGAAGAUUGUCAUACACUGUAGCCAAUCGAUCACUGGCAAGUAUUGGGAGAUUGUGCAGAAGUUGACUACUCCUAUUGAGAUGAGACUGACGGAUCGAAUAACCACUGUUGGCAAGAAACAGAAACCAGCAUUUAUUUCCCAUGAAGCAGACUAUCUAAAAAUCAAAUCUGGCUUUAGAGACGGCGGCAUUUAUUCUGAUUUUGAUGUUGUCAUCCUCAAUGGUUCAAAAUUGCGUGAAAUGCAACGACAAUCAGAGAUAGUGAUUGGCAGAGACAACCAAGAGUGUAGCAGAACUUGUGCCGGAUUUUUUUCAAGUGUUCCCGGCUCACCAUUUAUGGGGAAAUGGUUGGACAGUUACGAGAAUAACUACAGUCCUGGAUGGAUAUACAAUGCAGGACAUGUGCCAGCUCGAAUGCUACACCAUUGCCCAGAAUGUCAUCGUGACAUAACUGUUGAUUAUCACAUAAGUAAUUGGAAUGACGCUAGGGAUAAAAACUGGUUGAAGGAAGGAGGGCUUGAGUGGAGGCAAAAAGCAGUGGCUCACUAUAUGAACACGGGGUUUAUGAAACCAUUAAAACCACCUAAAGAAUUACUUAGUAUGUCGACUCCAUUCUCAGAGAUGGUGAAGUUUGUACUAGGCGACACAAUCAACGAUUUUAUCAUAUAACUUAUAACAGGUAUAUUAUUUAUUCUAGCCAGCAAUUGAACUGUGUGCAUUCAACAUAAACAUUUUUUACGACAAUACUUGACAAUACUUUUAGUAUACUAGUCUCGCACCAGCCCCAGUUUUUCGACUUAACGUUCCAAUAGAAAACAUUCGGGGCUGGUAUGACUAAAUAGCUAAUACCUGGCAACUGAAUAGAUUGAUUUUUGUUAAUCACGUAUAGUCAAUUAUGUAAUAGAAUUGCUGUUUUAUAG